CUUCGAGCUACGAGUGCCAGUAGAGCCGGUGUGGUUAUCAGCCACGUCCACUAUUGUGCAGAUUGCCUGAAUGGUCCAGCCACCCGGAAAUGAGGCUCUGUCACUACCGAGAAGCUGGAACUGACUGACCUAUUCGAUCCUGGCAAUUGGGAUACGAGGCACAUGUCCCCGAGAGGAUCAUCUGUCGCCCGCUCCGGUAUCUGCGCAGCUGGUGAAUUCCCUGACAUGCACAUUGACACGGUGCUCGAGGCAAAUGAGCGAGCUUCCAUCGUUAGCAACCUGCGAUCGCGGCUGUCGGCGGACCUGAGUCCAUACCAAAAAUAUUGCGUCGACAAUGCAAUCCAAACCACCAAAAACGCUAUCGAUGCUGCCUUCCACUGGCCAGAGCCUGCCCUCGAAAGCGUUGACGUUCGUCCGAGAUGGUUUCCUGAUCCGUCCUUCCUGCGACGACUGAAAGGGUUGACCUCAGACUUACCUGCGACUACAGCGCACUCCCAACAGAUGUUAGUCGCCACGCAAUCUCUGAAUGAUGCCAUGGAAAUCCUGUCUUCGUGCGAAAACUGCAAAUCACCGACGCCACAAUCAUCCCCGGAACUCAGCGAAUUUUUGAACCGAAGGAGAAGGAGUGCAGCCCAUAAUACUCUACACUCUCUCGAGGGAGGAUCAGAAUGCAUUGGCAAGGGCAAACAACGAGAUAUCCAGGGCGAAUCCAAACCACCAGCUGGAUCUUUACUCGGAGCUGGGUACCCUGAGCGUUCUCGUGCGGAAGAGGCAAAUCCAGCCCAAUCCUACCAAAGAAAAGGCACGGGAACACCCAUUAAUGGCUUUGCACCACCGAAAGAUUAUCUGCAAAGAAUCGGUCGAGCACUUGACCACGACGCCGCCUUGGAGGCUGCAACGACCGACCAACACAACGGCCUGGACUACCGAGUAUCGUUGGCAGUUGAGGCUGCGGAGAUCUGGGGACACGGUACUGAAAUUGCACUGGCCACAACACAGGGUCAUAUCCAUCGAGAGCGAACAAUCCAAAAUGGGGAUGCAUCCAAGUCCAAUUUUGAUCCCAGCGAGUCCUCUAAAGCGUCAUCGGCAGCAACGAAAGUCACCGGUGAAGAUCAAACUUCAGAUGCUACUGACAGCUAUCCCAUUCCAUACGGACAGUACAAUGAUGCUUUGAGACCGAUGUUGGCCACCACAAUAGUGAAACCUCCUGCAGUGAACGUGUCAAAUCCUGUGGCAAGUUCUCCCCUACGGGCGUCGAACCAGCCACAUCAAAUUCCUCGCAGAAAGCCACUGCCAAUCAUGGCAUCGUUUUCGUCAUCACAGAGCACGAAUGGGGCGCUCUCGUCAGCGACCGAUUGGAAUUCAUCUGCAACUGAAGAUACCGAGUCUUUGCAUAGUCCGGGGAUUCUACCUGCCUUUCAAGACGCAGACAAGCAUGUCGUCGUCCCAGCUGAGGAGGCCGCGAGACCCAUCAAACAUCUUGAUACAUCCGCAGCAAGAAUCCCCCUUCACAGAUACUCGGGAUCGACGGGAAGCGGCUCAACGACGUACAUUGCGACUGAACCCGCGCCUCCAUAUCAUAUGACAAGGGGCCGUACGUGGCUUGAGCGAAGAGCGGAGACGCAAGGUUGA